AUGCUACGAAUGCUGCAAAAAAGGACCAGUAUGGUAAAGCUCUUGGUUCCCAGACCCCGGCUAAACACGACUAUUGCGCAAACCACAAAGGAAAUACCAACGAUUAAACAGGUUAGCAUUUCCAAAAGCGAGAAAACUGUGGGAAGAUGGUUUCUAGGAGUCAGCGGAAUGGUUUUUGUUGCGGUUGGCCUUGGCGGUGUAACGAGAUUAACAGAGUCUGGCCUUUCUAUGGUUACUUGGAAGCUGACUGGAGAACGCAUGCCAAGAUCUCAAGAGGAAUGGGCUCAAGAAUUCAGCAAGUAUCAACAAUAUCCGGAAUAUAAACUGAAAAAUGCAAGCAUGACUGUUGAAGAGUUCAAAUUUAUAUACCUCAUGGAGUACAUACACAGAAUGUGGGGUCGCGCCAUUGGUGGAUUUUUCCUUGUCCCAGCAGCAUAUUUCUGGAAAAAAGGUUAUUUCUGUCCAAAAACCAAGAACAGUGUUCUGCUGCUGGGGACUCUGAUUGGUCUCCAAGGGUUAAUGGGAUGGUACAUGGUUAAAUCUGGAUUGGAGAACAGAUUCGAAGACCAGAAUGAUGUGCCGCGCGUCUCUCAAUACAGAUUGGCCUCCCACCUAGCGGCAGCAUUUGUUUUGUAUGCCCUUUCCCUAUCACAAGCAAUGUCGAAGCUAUUCCCUUCGGAGCCAUUCGUGUUGAAAGCAAAGAAAGCAUUUAAUAUCAAAGGACUGUCACACAUGACAAAGGGAAUGGUGUUUCUAACUGCCAUCUCCGGCGCUUUUGUGGCCGGACUUGACGCCGGAUUAGUUUACAACUCAUUCCCAAAAAUGGGGGACAGCUGGAUCCCUGAUGACAUGUGGCAGUUUAAGCCCAUCCAAAGGAAUAUAACGGAAAAUCCAACAACGGUUCAGUUUAACCACCGCAUCCUGGGCAUCACCACAGUUUCCCUAGCUACAGCCUUAUGGCUAGUCACGAGGCGCAUGCAGUUACCCAAGCGAACAAAUUGGGCAAUCAACGCUGUGUUCGCCAUGGCGUGGACACAAGCUACCCUGGGCGUUACGACACUAUUGAACUACGUGCCAGUACCUUUAGCGACGGCUCAUCAGUCUGGCUCGCUGGUCCUUCUUAGCUUUGCGCUUUGGUUAUCACACGAGAUCCGGUUCCUAAAGUAUUUGCCCAAGUAAAACUCUAAUGAACUGAAUAAGGGUAGCAUUUGAUAAAUGUGUAAUAAAGUUUUCUUAAAUGGUGGGCUGUAGCUACAAUAACUGAGAUUUUAAACGCUUGCAGAUGUAAACUAUCCAUUUAGUUGAUAAAGAUGUCAAGCCGAGUCACAAAAGAGUAGUUCGUCUUUUUAAAUGCAAUAAAUGCAGUCGCUGGAGUAAAAAAAAAAAAAAAUUCUAGAUUAAUAGCAACAAUCAUUUAAUUCAUCCUUAUUCAAUAUUAAUUUUUACACUCUUUUUGUCAUCAUUUAUCUGAUUGUACUCAAUAUUAUUGGUAUUGAGACAAGAACCAACGUUUUUGACAUGUGCCGUAUGCUCGAUGCUGGACUGGUUUGAGCUGGAAACAUGAUUGUACACUGCCAGGGCUUGCGCCACAAAUCCGUUUACAUCUGCGGCGUUAGACGGCAAUAUCAUAGUAUUAUUUGUUUUAGCCAAUUGCUUAAACGCUCCAAUGUAUUGCUCGGCUAGAGUGAGUGAAGCAGCAUUCUUUCCAUCCUAGAAUAAGAGAUUGUUUAAUGAAAAACAGUAAACAGUUGCCAAUAACCAUUGAUAAUCUAUUUUUGUUAGCAAUAAGAUAUGGAACUGAUAAUGGAAAUGGAAAGUGAUAAAGAAUUUCAUUAAAAUUU